CAUGCGCGCUUCGUACUGUUUACUUCCGCCGGGCCUGGUCCGGCUGCAAGGCGAUGCUGCACGUGGGGUCCCCUACUUGGGGUUCACCGAAGUAGAGACCCUGGGUGAUCUUUGCAGCGGACCUUAGAGGCGAGGUCAUGUGGGCACCGGGGCUUCCUCCGCGGCUGAAGCUUUCGGCCUUGGCGGGCGCCGGUCGCUUUUGCAUUUGGGGGUCUGGAGCGUCGACGCGAGAGCACUUGCCGGCGAAGAACCACCGUGGCUUCUCUGACUCCUACCCGCAGCUGUUGCCGCAUCCGGAUUUCGACGAAUCCCCGUCUUCGGCGUCCAAGGGCCGCUCACAGGCUAAGCGCUACGUAACCAAUCGGAGAUUGGCCGAGAGCGUGGCGGAAAUCGUGCGGGGGAAACUAGAAACACCUCGUCACCUGCUCCUGGAGUGCAAUCCAGGUCCUGGAAUCCUGACUCAGGCAUUACUUAAAACUGGUGCCAAAGUGGUUGCCCUUGAAAGUGACAGAAAGUUUAUUCCACAUUUGGAGUCCUUAGGAAAAAAUAGUCAUGGAAGACUAGAAGUCAUCCACUGUGACUUCUUUAAAAUCGAUCCGAGAAGUGGUGGGCUACCAAGACCACCCGUUAUGGCUUCACGUACGCUUUUUCAGAAUUUGAGAAUAGAAGCACGUCCUUGGUCAGGCGGUAUUCCUUUAAAAGUAAUUGGAAUUUUCCCAUUUAAAAAUGAAAGAAGGACACUUUGGAAAUUUUUAUAUGACCUAUAUGCCUGUACUUCUAUAUAUAAAUAUGGACGAGUAGAGCUAAAUAUGUUUAUUAGUGAAAAAGAAUACAAGAAACUGAUGGCAAAUAGAAAUUCAAGCUUGUAUGAUGUGUUGAGUGUGCUCUGGCAAGUAGCUUGUGAGAUUAAGAUUCUGCAAGUGGUGCCUUCGUCAUCAUUUGACGUCUGUACCCAAAAAGGGCAGCUGGAAAAAGCCAAGCAUAGGGAAUCAUUAGAACCAAUAGUGCAAAAUGUGUAUUUUAUUCAAAUGACGCCUCGUAAAAAUUUAUUUACAGAAAACUUAACGCCUAUUAACUACGAUGUAUUUUUUCACAUGAUAAAGCACUGUUUUGGGAAGCGCGGCGCCAGGCUAAUAGACCACUUACAUUGUUUGACUCCCAUUGACGCAAUGGAUAUAUUGAUGCAAAUACAAAAAAGUGAAAAAGUGAAAGUAACUAAUUUGUGCCCUCAAGACUUUAAACGCGUUUUUGAAACUAUAGAGGGUUCCAAAGAUUAUGCUCAUAAAUGGCUAUAUGAUGACACCAUGAGUGAGACAAAGCAGUAGACUGUCGAGACAUUUGCUGCAACGGUUUAUUUGGAAAUUAUGACACAAAUGAGAAAGAACUAAAUCUGAAACGCUCGCAUCCUUUCAACAGAAGAUAACUUCUUGUUUUAUACAGACUAGCAGGUCAUUUCUUCUGAAGUUGAUAUCAUUAGUAUAUUGGAUGAAAUAAUUUUAUUCGCAACUGAAUAAAAUCAAAAGUUUAAUUGUGGACUUGAUCAAACUGAAUUUGUUUUGUUUCAAAUUAUCUUCUGUAAACAUACUGGUUUUUGUAGGGUGUUUCCAGUUGAGAUUUAGUUUGCUUUUUAAAAUGCUUUUGGCCAAACAUCUUACAUUGUAUGAAAUAUUCCACUUUCAUCAUUGCUGAUUUUUACAUCCCACUGUGGAGCAAAAGAGACUAUAUAUAUUAUUAAGCUUAGAAAGUAAACAAAACUGAUAAAAGUGGUUGGUUUUACCUUUCAGUUUGUUGAAAUGUAUUAUCAAGUACUGUACAAUGAAAAUAUUUAAAUUUUAAUAUGAUUUAAACUUUUUUAGAAAUUAAAACAUUUGAAGUAA